AUGUCCGAGAAGAGGAGGGCGGAGAUCGAGGCCAAGCGGGCGAAGCUUGCGGAACUCCGGAAGGCAAGGACGGACAGGCAGACCGCUGAGGCGGAGCGGAGAGCAUCAGACCGGGGCGGCGCAAGUACCGUUGCCCGCAGAGACGUAGAUGACCUCGUUAAUGUCCUCAUCGGCUCCUCCAGCCGUGGCGACAGUGCGAUGGACACGCCUAUAUCUUCAACGCCUGGAACUCCUGCGCUGGACAGGACAAUACCCCUCCCUGGAUCUUCUUAUGCGCUGUCCGGUCCUUCUUCUGUGUUGUCAGGACGGUUGAGCAGGAAUAGCGAUGCGGCCUCGGACAGAUACAGUCUAGGGACAACUCUCGUCCAUUCGCAGAACGGUGCUACAGAGAAUGUCAUUGAGCGUGAGAUGAUAGCACGCAGUGUUCCGGAUCUCAUAGACAUUGAGCAGGAGCUGUUCGAGCUUCCGCAGAGGGAACGUGUUGUAUACAACAAGGAGAUUCAGACCAUGGACACUCAGGCGGAACCGGAAGCACCCAACGAAGACGAGAUCCGCGAACGGGUACAUCGCGAGCGCGACGCGGCCGACGCGGAACGAUUAGCAAACGAGCAGGAACUUGAGGCCGAGAGCAAGAAGCUGGACGAGGAGAUUGCUCAGGAGAUUCAAGAAAUGUCUGAGGAAGAGAAACAAAGCAUAUUCUCAGCACCAGAAUUCUUGGAUUUCGUCGAGCAGUCCACCAAGAUCAUUCAGCGAGCUCUGAACGACAAUUACGACUACAUCCGAGACUACACUAUUGGUGCAGAGAGUGGAACCGAGGCAUCCGAAGGGAAGGUUAAAUGCGUUUGCGCGUUUUAUGAUGAGCGAUAUGGGAAGUAUCGGUCUAUCACAGACAUUGACUGGUCGCCGAAGUACCCGGAGCUUAGCUGUGCGGCUUAUAACAAGAAUCCAGCAGCAUUGAACGAACCCGACGGCAUUGUGGCGGUAUGGAACCUUCACCUGCUGGAACGACCCGAGUUUGUUUUCCAUUCUCAGUCCGACGUGUUGUCUGUGGCGUUCUCUCCCUUCCACUCGAAUCUAAUCUUCGGGGGCACAUAUUCAGGCCAAAUCCUGCUCUGGGACACGCGAUCAAAGCACCUACCGGUGCUCAAGACGCCAUUGUCGGCCGCCGGUCACACACAUCCGGUGUACGCCAUACAGAUGGUCGGCACGCAGAACGCGCACAACCUCAUUACGAGCAGCACAGACGGCACCGUGUGCAGCUGGCUUGUUGACAUGCUUGCUCAACCCCAGGAAACGCUCGAGUUGGUUCACGGUGGGCACAACAAGACAAGCGAGGUCGCUAUCACUGCGCUUAACUUCCCGGACAACGAGACGACGACGUUCUGGGUCGGCACAGAGGAAGGCAACGUGUACCAGGCCAACCGGUACGACCGAGCGGGAGCCAAGGCAGGAUUGAACCAGUACGACGUCUACAAGGGCCACUCGGGACCGGUCAUGGGGGUGCACUUCCAUCCACUCGUGGGCCCUGUGGACUUCUCAGAUCUAUUCCUGUCGUGCUCCGUGGAUUGGACGGUGAAGCUCUGGCGGGCGAAGUCAAUGGCAAAGCCGUCGACGGUGGCCAACCACGUCGCGCCACUAUACUCGUUCGACGAGGCGGACGACUACGUGUACGAUGUGAAGUGGCAUCCCACACAUCCUGCAGUAUUUGGGACCGUGGACGGCGCGGGCAAGUUCGACCUAUGGAAUCUGAACCACGACACAGAGGUGCCGGUGGUGUCCACGAACGUCGGGUCGGGCAAGGCGUUGAACAAGAUCUGCUGGGAGAGGAAGGACGGACGGCGCGCGGCGCUGGGAGGGAGCGACGGGAAGCUCUAUAUUUACGACAUUGGAGACAUGGCCUUGCCCCGGGAGUCGGAGUGGACGGACAUGCAGCGGACGGUGGCCGGGAUCAUGGGCGGUGCCCCGCACGCAAAUGGGCUCGGGGACGACUCGGCGAGGAUUGUCGCUGGCCGGUGA